AAAGCAAACAGUUGAGUUUGGAGCGUCAGUGUGGAGUGGAGAGGAGGAGAGCGCAGAGAAGAAGACGGGCGCCGGGAGGACACCGAGCCGUUAAACUAGCAGGAGAUCAGUGAAUGUGAGCCCAGGAGCAGCUCACACACGACAUGCAGCUCUUCUUUCUCCUCUAUGGAUUAUGAUUUGUGUUUUUCCAACUCUUCUCCGGGCUGCUUCCUUCACUCCGGCAGCGCUGCGCUUCACGGGAAUGUGCGCAGCAGCUUCUCUCGGACGCGUCUGAUCACACAGCGGAGCUAAAAGAGGGGGAAAAAAUACCUUCAGCUGAUUUUAAAUCCCUUUAAAAUACCAAAAUGUUUCUUUUUUAACGGGACAGACUUCCCCGGAUGCCUUAGACGUUUUUGGAGACUUUUACGCAUUUUGGAGACUUCUGCGUGCCGACUUAAAUGGGUGAUGGAAAUUGACAUUUUGUGCGUGAACAGGGGAUAAUAAUUUUAAUAUCAUAUUUUUUUUUUACCCAAGUGCUCUUGUUUUUCCGGCGAUGAUUGUGCUUUUGCUCGCGCUGUGCAUCGCGGAUGGAGUGCUCUCUCAGAUUCGUUACUCUGUGCCGGAGGAGGCGGACCACGGCACCUUGGUGGGGAAUAUCGCCGAGGACCUGGGACUGGACCUUACCAAACUGGCCUCGCGCCGCUUCCAGGUGGUGCCCAACUCCCGGACACCGUACCUGGAGGUAAAUCUUGAGAAUGGAGUCCUGUUCGUUAAUGAAAAAAUCGACCGGGAGCUGAUCUGUAAGCAGAGCGCGAGCUGCCAGCUCAACAUGGAGGUGUUCCUGGAGGACCCGCUGGAGCUGUUCCGCGUGGAGAUCGAGGUGGUGGACAUUAACGACAACCCGCCCAGCUUCCCGGAGACUGACAUCACGGUAGAGAUCUCCGAGAGCGCCACUCCGGGGACCCGCUUCCCUCUGGAGAGCGCGUUCGACCCGGACGUGGGCUCGAACGCUUUACGCACGUACGACAUCACCACGAAUAACUACUUCUACCUGGAUGUUCAGACCCAGAGCGACGGGAACAAGUUCGCGGAGCUCGUUCUGGAGAAGCCGCUGGACCGGGAGCAGCAGGCGGCGCACAGGUAUGUGUUGACCGCGGUGGACGGAGGUCAGCCUCCACGGACCGGCACCGCGCUGCUUGUGGUGAAAGUGCUGGACUCUAACGACAACGUGCCAGUGUUCGAGCAGCCGGUGUACACGGUGAAUCUGUCAGAGAACGCGCCGGUGGGCACACUGGUCAUCCAGCUGAACGCCACCGACAUGGACGAGGGAUUAAACGGAGAAAUCGUUUACUCUUUCAGCAACCACAUCUCCAGCCGUGUCAAGGAUCUGUUCAGCAUCGACCCGCGCACCGGGCGCGUCGAGGUGCGCGGGGAGGUGGACUUCGAGGAGAGCAGCUUGUACCAGAUCUUCAUCCAGGCCAAAGAUAUGGGUCCGAACGCCGUCCCCGCGCACUGCAAAGUGCUCGUUAAAGUCAGCGACUUGAACGACAAUGCGCCCGAGAUCACCUUCAGCACCGUCACCGAGUCUGUGAGCGAGAAGGCGGCACCGGGGACCGUGAUCGCGCUGCUCAGUGUGACGGACCGGGACGCGGAGGAGAACGGACAGAUUCACGUGGAAAUCCUCGGAGACGUUCCUUUUAAAUUAAAAUCCUCCUUCAGGAACUAUUUCACCAUCGUGACGGACGGCCCGUUGAACCGGGAGCAGGCGGACUCCUACUCUGUCACGGUGGUCGCGCGGGAUAAAGGCACACCCUCUCUGGCCACCAGUAAGUCCAUCCGGGUCCAGGUGUCAGAUGAGAACGACAACGCGCCCACAUUCACGCAGCCCAUCUAUGACGUGUAUGUGACUGAGAACAACGUGCCAGGGGCGUACAUCCACGCGGUGACGGCCCUGGACCCGGACGUGGGUCAGAACUCUCUGAUCACCUACUCCAUCUUGGAGACUGAAAUCCAGGGCAUGUCAGUGAAGACCUAUGUGUCCAUCAACGAGGAGACAGGCUACCUGUACGCGCUGCGCUCCUUUGACUACGAGCAGCUCAAAGACUUCACCUUCAUGGUGCAGGCCAAAGACGCCGGCACCCCCGAGCUGUCCUCCAACGCCACGGUCAAAGUCAUCAUCGUGGACCAGAACGACAACGCCCCCCUGGUUCUGGCCCCUCUAGGGAAGAACGGCACAGCAAAGGAGCCCCUUCCUCGGUCGGCCGAGCCGGGCUACCUGGUGACCCGCAUAGUGGCCAUGGACGGGGAUGACGGCGAGAACGCACGUUUGUCCUACAGCAUCCAGAGGGGCAACGAGAACGGGAUGUUCCGCAUGGACUGGAGGACCGGCGAGCUGCGGACUGCCCGGCGGGUUUCGGUGAAGCGAGACCCCCACCAGCUGUACGACCUGCUGAUCGAGGUCAGAGACCACGGCCAGCCGCCUCUGUCCUCGAGCGCCAGUGUCAUGGUGGUGCUGGUGGACAGUGUGGCGGAGGGCCGGGGCAACGGGGAAAGGGGGGGCGCCGCCAAGGCCAAAGAGGGCACCCUGGACCUGACCCUGAUCCUGAUCAUCGCCCUGGGCUCGGUCUCCUUCAUCUUCCUGCUGGUCAUGAUCGUGCUGGCCGUGCGCUGCCAGAAGGACAAGAAGCUGAACAUUUACACGUGUCUGACCAGCGACUGCUGCCUGGGCUGCACCACCUGCUGCUCGAGGGGGGGCCGCGCCCGCAAGAAGAAACUCAGCAAGUCGGACAUCAUGUUGGUUCAGAGCGCGGGUAACGUCAGCGGGGCCGGGACCGCACAGGUCCCCGUGGAGGAGUCAGGCAGCUUCGGCUCACACCACCAAAACCAGAACUAUUGCUACCAGGUAUGUCUGACUCCAGAGUCCGCCAAAACCGACCUCAUGUUCCUAAAGCCGUGUAGUCCAUCACGGAGCUCAGACACGGAGCACAACCCGUGCAGCGGGGCCGUAGUCACAGGGUACACUGACCAGCAGCCUGACAUCAUAUCAAACGGCAGCAUUUUAUCCAAUGAGACCAAACACCAGCGAGCCGAGCUCAGCUACCUGGUGGAGCGGCCGCGACGUGUCAACAGCUCGGCGUUCCA